AUGGCCGCCAAUGUGGGAUCGAUGUUUCAAUAUUGGAAGCGAUUUGAUCUACGGCGACUCCAGAAGGAGCUUAAUUCCGUCGCUUCUGAGCUGUCUGCACGGCAGGAGGAGAGUGAACAUUCUCAUAAACAUUUAAUUGAACUCCGCCGGGAAUUUAAGAAAAAUGUACCUGAGGAAAUCAGAGAGAUGGUCGCUCCUGUAUUAAAAAGCUUCCAAGCUGAGGUGGUAGCCCUUAGUAAAAGAAGUCAGGAAGCUGAAGCUGCUUUCUUGAGUGUUUACAAGCAAUUAAUUGAAGCACCAGACCCCGUGCCUGUAUUUGAGGCAACGCGCAGCCUAGACGACAGACUGCAGCCCCCCAGCUUCGACCCCAGUGGGCAGCCGCGGCGAGACCUCCACACGUCGUGGAAGAGGCACCCUGAGUUCCUCAGCCCAAAAGAGCAGAGAGAGGGGACGUCUCCAGCCGGGCCCACGCUGACCGAGGGUGGCCGCCUCCCAGGCAUUCCCAGCAAAGCCCUCCUGACAGAAACUUUGCUGCAGAGAAAUGAGGCGGAGAAGCAAAAGGGCCUGCAAGAAGUACAGAUCACUUUGGCAGCCAGACUGGGGGAGGCAGAGGAAAAGAUCAAGGUCCUACAUUCAGCGUUAAAGGCCACUCAGACAGAGCUGCUGGAGCUGCGGCGGAAAUACGAUGAGGAGGCAGCAUCCAAGGCAGAUGAAGUCGGCCUGAUCAUGACCAACCUGGAGAAAGCUAAUCAGAGAGCUGAGGCUGCCCAGCGGGAGGUGGAAAGUCUUCGGGAACAACUUGCCUCUGUCAACAGCUCCAUCCGCCUGGCCUGCUGCUCCCCGCAGGGCCCCAGCGGGGACAAGGUGAACUUCGCGCUGUGCUCGGGCCCGCGGCUUGAGGCGGCCCUAGCCUCCAAGGACCGGGAGAUCCUGCGGCUGCUGAAGGACGUGCAGCACCUCCAGAACUCGCUGCAGGAGCUGGAGGAGGCCUCUGCCAACCAAAUUGCCGACCUAGAGCGGCAGCUCUCGGCCAAGUCCGAGGCCAUCGAGAAGCUGGAAGAGAAGCUCCAGGCACAGUCUGACUACGAAGAAAUUAAAACAGAGCUGAGCAUCCUGAAAGCCAUGAAGCUGGCCUCCAGCACCUGCAGCCUCCCCCAGAGCCUGGCCAAGCCCGAGGACUCGCUGCUCAUAGCAAAGGAGGCCUUCUUCCCCGCACAGAAAUUUCUGCUGGAAAAGCCCGGCCUCUUGGCAAGCCCUGAGGAAGACCCCUCGGAGGAAGAUUCCAUCAAGGACUCUCUGGGCACGGAGCAGUCCUACCCAUCUCCUUCGCAGCUCCCACCCCCUCCAGGGCCGGAAGACCCCCUGUCCCCAGGCCCUGGGCAGCCCCUGCUGGGCCCUAGCCUGGGCCCCGAUAGCUCUCGGACUUUCUCGCUGUCCCCCUUCCCCAGUCUGACUUCGGGGGAGAGACUGUCAGGGGACGUGCUGCUGUCUAAGCACAUGGUGCCCCCGGCCGCCUUCAAGGGAGAGGCAGGCAGCCUGCUGGUGUUUCCCCCGGCCUUCUAUAGCGCCAAGCCCCCCACUGCCCCUGCCACCCCAGCCCCUGGCCCUGAGCCACCCGGGGGUCUCGAGCCGGCUGACGGUGGCGGGGGCAGCAUGGCUGGGGUGGGGGCCGGAGCAGAGGAGGAGCAGCUGGACACGGCCGAGAUCGCGUUCCAGGUGAAGGAACAGCUGCUCAAACACAACAUCGGGCAGCGGGUGUUCGGCCACUACGUGCUGGGGCUGUCGCAGGGCUCGGUCAGCGAGAUCCUGGCCCGGCCCAAGCCCUGGCGCAAGCUCACAGUGAAGGGCAAGGAGCCUUUCAUCAAGAUGAAGCAGUUCCUGUCGGAUGAGCAGAACGUGCUGGCCCUGAGGACCAUUCAGGUGCGGCAGCGAGGCAGCAUCACCCCAAGAAUCCGCACGCCAGAGACGGGCUCAGACGAUGCCAUCAAGAGCAUCCUGGAGCAGGCCAAGAAGGAGAUCGAGUCACAGAAGGGGGGUGAACCCAAGAACGCGACAGCCCCACUGAGCAUCACCAAUGGCACAGCCUCUGCCAGCACCUCAGAAGAUGCCAUCAAGAACAUUCUGGAGCAGGCCCGCCGGGAGAUGCAAGCACAGCAGCAGGCCCUGCUGGAGAUGGAGGCAGGCCCCCGGGGCCGCUCGGUGCCUCCCUCGCCCCCAGAGCGGCCCUCGCUGGCGGCCGUCAGCCAGAACGGGGCCCCGACCUACGUCAAGCAGGAGGACGGCAGUGGCGGCAGUGGCGGCGGGGGGACCAGCAGCAGUGCCACACAGACGUCCCUCACCGUCCUGUCCCCCGCUGCCUUCGUGCAGAGCAUCAUCCGGAAGGUCAAGUCAGAGAUCGGCGACGCCGGCUACUUCGAUCAGCACUGGGCCUCAGACCGCGGCCUGCUCAGCCACCCCUACACCUCGGUCUCGCCCUCGCUCUCCUCCUCCUCCUCCAGCUACUCCGGCCAGCCCAACGGAAGGGCCUGGCCCCGGGGUGAGGAGGCCCCCACGGCCCCUGAGGACGACGCAGCAGGGGGUGAGGACGAGCCCCCUAGACUGGGCGAGCUGAAAGCUGAGGCGGGCGUCCCCGAGUCGGGCAGCAGCGGGAGGCUGGCCUACUACCCGGCAUACGUGCCCCGCACGCUGAAGCCCACCGUGCCACCCCUGACCCCGGAGCAGUACGAGCUCUACAUGUACCGUGAGGUGGACACACUGGAGCUGACGCGCCAGGUCAAGGAGAAGCUGGCCAAGAACGGGAUCUGCCAGCGUAUCUUUGGGGAGAAGGUGCUGGGCCUGUCACAGGGCAGCGUGAGCGACAUGCUGUCCCGGCCGAAGCCCUGGAGCAAGCUGACGCAGAAGGGGCGGGAGCCCUUCAUCCGCAUGCAGCUGUGGCUCUCAGACCAGCUCGGCCAGGCCGUGGGCCAGCAGCCUAGCGCCUCCCAGGCCAGUCCCACCGAACCGAGGUCCUCACCGUCCCCACCCCCUAGCCCCACGGAGCCCGAGAAGAGCUCCCAGGAGCCCUUGAGCCUGGCACUGGAGAGCAGCAAGGAGAACCAGCAGCCAGAGGGACGCUCCAGCUCCUCGCUGAGCGGGAAGGUGUACUCGGGCAGCCAGGCCGUUGGGGGCAUCCAGGAGAUUGUGGCCAUGUCCCCUGAGCUGGACACGUACUCCAUCACCAAGAGGGUCAAAGAGGUUCUCACCGACAAUAACCUAGGGCAGCGGCUGUUCGGGGAGAGCAUCCUGGGCCUGACGCAGGGCUCGGUGUCUGACCUGCUGUCCCGGCCCAAACCCUGGCACAAGCUCAGCCUGAAGGGCCGGGAGCCCUUUGUGCGCAUGCAGCUGUGGCUCAGCGACCCCCACAACGUGGAGAAGCUGAGGGACAUGAAGAAGCUGGAGAAGAAAGCCUACCUGAAGCGCAGGUAUGGCCUCAUCAGCACCGGCUCCGACAGUGAGUCCCCAGCCACCCGCUCCGAGUGCCCCAGCCCCUGCCUGCAGCCUCAGGACCUGAGCCUCCUGCAAAUCAAGAAGCCCCGCGUGGUGCUGGCGCCGGAGGAGAAGGAGGCCCUGCGGAAGGCCUACCAGCUGGAGCCCUACCCCUCCCAGCAGACCAUUGAGCUCCUGUCCUUCCAGCUCAACCUCAAGACCAACACCGUCAUCAACUGGUUCCACAACUACAGGUCCCGGAUGCGCCGGGAGAUGUUGGUGGAGGGGACCCAAGAUGAACCAGACCUUGACCCCAGUGGGGGUCCUGGCAUCCUACCACCAGGCCACUCCCACUCAGACCCCACCCCGCAGAGCCCCGACUCUGAGGCGGAGGACCAGAAGCCUCCUGUGACCGAACUGGAGCUGCAGGAGGGCCCCGAGGAGAGCGUCACACCCCCGACUGCCCCGGACCAGGCCCAGGUGAGGAUUAAGCAGGAACAGACUGAGGACAGCGCUGAGGAAGAGGCGGGCAGCCGGCCCCAGGACUCAGGGGAGCCCGACAAAGGCCACAGUUCUCCCAAAGAGGCGCACCCCGACCCUCCGGGUAACGAUGGACUCCCCACAGCGGCCCCAGGGCCCCUUCCUCCAGGCGGGACCACCCCAGACUGCCCCUCGCUACAGUCCCCACAGGAGAGCAGGGGCGGCGAGCGGCUGUGCCCGGACCCCCUAAGUUUUAAGUCGGCCUCCGAGUCCUCGCGCUGCAGCCUGGAGGUGUCCCUGAACUCUCCCUCGGCUGCCUCCUCACCGGGCCUCAUGAUGUCUGUGUCACCUGUCCCCUCCUCCUCAGCUCCCAUCUCCCCAUCCCCACCUGGCGCCCCCCCUGCCAAAGUGCCCAGUGCCAGCCCUACUGCCGACACAGCUGGGGCCUUGCACCCCAGCGCCAAGGUGAACCCCAACCUGCAGCGGCGGCACGAGAAGAUGGCCAACCUGAACAGCAUCAUCUACCGGCUCGAGAGGGCUGCCAAUCGGGAGGAGGCGCUGGAGUGGGAGUUCUGAGGGCGGGCAAGGGCACUCCCAGCCGCCACCCUCACCCUCUCGCCCGCCUUCCAGACAGCGCAGGGUCCGGGAGGGAGGCUCUCCGCCACCGAG